AUGCAGCUUGAUCGUGUCAAGUACAAGAAGUGGCUUUUGCUUGUGUGUAUUUGCUUUUACUUGGGUCUGCGCUCCACACAGAAGGAUCCGGUAGUUGGAAAGCCGCGCGAUGUGUUUAUUAAUAAAAUGGGUACCAAGACUACCGACGAUAGCAUCUCCAUGGGGUUUACACCUGUAUUAGCACCUUGGACUAAUGCCAGCUUUGAGUGCGUGGGCUGGAAACGUAUUCAAUCGUGUAAGAAAGAAAAAUCAGAAGACGAGACAGAGAUGCCGGUUGAUCCAGAGAAAGAUUUUCUUGGAUGUUCCGAGAAAAUUGAAACCCAAAUGGCGGGCUACUGCAUCGUUAGGAAUCGCACGUCUGGGGACUUAUACAAACUGAUGGUUAGCGGCUGUGACUCGCUUCCAACGGGGUACCAUUACUCGUGCGAUAUGGCUCGUGAUUUUUCAGAAUAUGGAUAUCAUUCGGUAGACUAUGAACAUACGCCAGUAGCACCAACAUUGGCUUUGCCAUACGUGGCGACGAGCAAGCGGCAACCCACAAAUGGCGUGUUAAUGAUUAUAUACGACCGUGUGUUACCAUCGGCGUAUGCUACUAUUCGAAUGUUACGUGUGCAAGGUUGUGAAUUACCAGUAGAGCUGUGGUAUCGCCCAGAUGAAAUGUCGAUCGACAAUCCUAUUGUUUACAAGCUUUUGUCCGACUUUAAUGUGCGGAUGCGACCAAUUUUUGAUCGUCGAGCUAUGGGAUUUCAUGUUAAGCCCUACGCAGUAUAUUAUAGCAAUUUCGACAAUGUGUUGCUACUGGACGCAGAUAAUCUGCCAGCUAAAGACCCAACAUAUUUGUUUGAGGAGCCUGAAUUUUUGCGCACAGGCGCCAUCUUCUGGCCUGAUUAUUGGCAGCCCUCGAAUUCGCUAUUUCAGCUGUCAAACACAAGUCUACUAUGGCAGUUAACGGGGGUAAAUUAUGUCGACAUGUUCGAGCAGGAGAGUGGGCAAGUGCUGAUAGAUCGCCUGCGUAGCAAACGUGCGUUAGAUAAGCUUAUGUUUUACUCCACACAUCAACCUCGAUUACUUGAGCAAUUGCAUCUUAUAUGGGGUGAUAAGGAUUUGUUCCGACUUGCAUGGUUGAAUACCAGUCAACCAUUCCAUUUUAUCAAGUAUCCACCCGCAGUUGGUGGUCUCGAUUUGCAAAAGGAUAAAGGUGUAUUUUGUGGUCUCGCCAUGAUUCAACACGAUGUACAAGGAAAUCUUGUGUUUUUCCAUCGAAACUCUAUCAAGCUUGAUGGCAGACCUGAUCAGCCACGCAUUAUGAGCCAUAUCCAAGAAUAUUCGCUCGAAGGAAACCCGCGUGACUAUCGCAUUUUUCAGGCUGUGCAUGCGCACAAAGAGUGCUGCUAUUACAUUGGCACGGAUACACUGGCAGAUGGGCGACCAGCGACACAGGUCACACCCAUUGACUCGACUAUAUACGUAUCAAUUGAAGAUCUAGCGAUUCAAUUUUCCAUCGAGGCACGACAACUCCUGAUUGAUGACGCGAUGGCUACUGACCUUGGAUUACUUUCUAUGCGUGUGCAGUACAUUGUGGCGCUGUUUUUAUUAGUCUAUGUAAUGGCCAUCAUUACGUUUGUAUGGUGUAAGGGUCGUCCUGCAAGGGAACGAUUGCCUAGUCGUUGGAAACCCAUGGAGUCUAAGGAAAGCUAG